ACGAUUGUAAAUUGUUCUUCCGUCCUCCAUGACGGAAUUUGUGGUCUUCGAAAUUCUUUCAAACUGCUCAAGCAAUGAAUUCUGAAAUAGAGCCACACAUUACGAAAAAAUACGAAAUAAAGAAGCGCCUAGGAAAAGGAGUAAGUAUAUGCUAUCCUUUUUAUAUUAUAAACAGAAGGAUAAUUAACUUAAUAAACAACUAUUUUAUAUUGUUGUCAAGGAAGCUUUCUGAACUUUCUCAUUCUCUCGCCCCGACUGUCCCCAGCUUUUGACAUUUCCAGUGUCGUAUUGUCAGCUCUAGCUCUACAUUCCCGUGACUGCAACAUUAACUGAUUCUGUCUUAAUAGUUAUUUUGUCAUCGUUCUGUACAAAAGCAAGCCCACAUUUUUCCCAAUAAAUUUGAUGAAUAAAGUACCAUACAUUAAUUAAUGACAAUGUCAAUGUACAAAGACUAUACUAUGGUAGUCGUAUGCCUUUAUAUAACUUAUUAUAGACUUAUUAGAAUAAUAGCAUAUUGACACUAUUGUGUGGCCUACCACAAGGGCUCCCGGUCUUUUUAAUUCGCAGAGCCCUUUUUAUAAUAACUUUCUAUGGGGUAGCGCCUUAGGCUCAACCUAUGUCUUACUACAAGUUAAUCAAAUUUAGGAAUAGUUUGAAGAAAAAAAAAGGGGGGGGGGAGGGGGGAAUUUGAUUUUGAAAAAAAAAUGACUUAACAUGACAUCAAAUAAUGUUGAAACUUUUAAUGGGAUCCCUGUCCUGUGACUGUAGUCUGUAUACUUUUCUUAUUUUUGUUUAACUAAUGAUAAUGCUAAUUAAUGAUAUAUGAAUUAUAUGUGGGGAAUCUUGAUUCACAUAGAAAUGUAAUUGAAAAAGGCUGCAAUACUAAUCGUGUUAUCUCAGAAAAUAUUUUGAAUUCAUCACAUAAAUGCAGAUAAAGUUCCAAUAGACUUUGGUUCUGAAACAUGAUUUUUAGCUCGCUGUGAGAUGUCAAAUCUAUGAGAGCUUAGUAUUUCACUGAGCUGAUGUCAUGUAUUUUUUUUGUUUUUCACGAUGACACAUUCAGUACCAAUUUAAGGACAUGAAGCAACUUCCCAUAUUAUACCUUGAGCUAUUGGAAAAUAAUUUUUGAACAAGUCUUUUAAAUUUUCAUGAUGCACCAGAAUAUUGUCCUGUAAUUUUUCUUGAAUCAUGUUAUUUACUUUCAAGAAGCUUUUUGUAAGAGGCAAGCUAUCAAAAACUUCUUUCUCCAAUAAGACUCUCAGUCCAACCAAUACAUAAGUUUCCUCUUAACGAAGACACUUGGUGUUUGCAUUAAAAUCUAUAGUAUAUUUUUUAAGCAGUUAUAGAUUCACUGUGUUCAGUUUGCUGAAAAUGUUGGCCAAAUAACAGCAGUUUGUAUAUCCAGUCUUCUUAGUGUAAAACCAUACACAAUAAAGCGUUAUGGUCCAUUAAAAUAGAUGUUAUGUCUACAUGGAGUUAAAAAAAUGUGCAAAUGUUUUCUUUCAGACAAUAACCUUUCUUUAAUGUGCAACAGGAGUGAUAGAUCAUAACUUCUCAUAAUUGACCCAUUAUUUUAGAGCAGGGGUGCCAAACUCAAUUGCUUCGUAGGCCAAAACUCAAAUCACAUGUAAGGUUGCGGGCCAAACAGGAUAAACAUUCAAUAAGGGGAAAAUUAAUAAAUGAAAACAGAAAAAUGUUUUAAUAAUAAAAAAUCAUUGGCAUACCCAUUUUCGUUCUUAUGCCACUUUGUCAGAGCUUGAUUUUUGGCCCAUUUUCUUGGCUACAAAAAGAAGUAAGCUCGUUUAUGUUGGGAGUAUCAUUCUGUGUCAUUGAGAUUCUCAUGAUGGACUGCAAGUGUUCAUCAGUGAGAUGACUCAUGUGUGAUGUUUUGUUAAUCUUUAUCACAGAAAACAGCUGCUCACACAUAUUUGUGCUACCCAACAUGCUCAAGGUUCGAGUGAAUUGUGUAGACCCAACUGUGUCAUACUUUACCUUUAGUGUCUCAUUACAUUGCAGCUCUAUUAGCUCCAUCAGCAAAUUUACAGGUGCAAUAUAAAUGUUUAUGACAAAUUAAAUGGGUUUUGUAACAGCUCAAAAUUACAUUUCUGUGUUUCAAAGUCACUAAAGCGUUGUGCAAACUUGGCACAAAAUAAGCUACGUUUUUCAGCAAAGUGUACAUAGGGAAACACCAUAGAAUUGACUUGGAUAUAAUUGUACGCUGGUCAAAACCUUGCGGCCCUGACAUAAUUGUAUGGACGGCUGGAUGAGGCCGCGGGACUUGAGUUUGACACAUGUUGUUUAGAGCCUGCUUUUAAGAGGUGAUUUUAAUUAGUUUAUUAUUUCAACACUAUCAUUAGCCCAAAAGGCAUUUUUUUUGAGGUUAUUGUCUGUCUAUGAAGAAGACAAUGGUUGGUGCUACAUUUCUUUGACUUUUCUUAAUUUUAAUUUUGGCAAUGGCUCCAGCAUUGUUAUCCAUAAUUGGCUUUACACCAUCAGUACAUACAUCUGUACAGUUUUCUCAAGCUAUGUAAUUUGAUGUGAAGAAUUCAUCUAAAAGAUUAAAUAUUUCACUCCCUGUUGUGUUGUUUGAUAGUAGACUGCAAAGUACAAGGUCAUCCUAAUAGUUUUGUACAUAAACAUAAUAAAGAAAUAUAAUUAAAACUGCUGAUCCCACGACAUCAGUCGAUUCAUCUAUUUGAAGUGUGAGUUGGUUAACCUAUUACUAACUUCACAAAUAACACUCUCAAAAAGUUCAAAGACAGCUAACUCAUGGAAUAAUUGCUAAAAAUCACAAUAUGUUACUAUUACAACCAAAUUGACCAUGUUCUAAAUGAUCACAGGCAUGGAUCAAACAUACUUGAUGUAAUAUGCAGACUCUGACCAUCAACCUGUAAGGAUUAAAUAUAAGCAGAGAAUAAGCAUAAUUCACAAUGGCCGAAAACUAAAAGAAAAAUGAUAUAAUUACCAAAAACUUACCAAAGACCCACUAACCGCAAAAGCUUACCAAAAAAGAAUUAGAAGCCUAACUAGAAGCAUUACUGGAGAAAAUUAACUGGGAAAGCAACAUAAAUGAACAGUGGGAAAGGAUAAAUAAGGCUAUGAAAAGAUCAGCAAAAAGAGUAGUAUGAUUUCAGCGACCUAACAUAAGGGUAGGCUAAUUUGAUUAUGAAUGCAAAGAGACAAGUCCCUGGAGAAGACCUCAUCACAGCAAAACUUAUUAAAAGUGGAGGAUGAGAACUUAUGAACUACACACUCAGACACAUAAACUUAUAACUAAAAUUUGUCACAAAGAUAAAAUUCCAACAGAAUGGGAAACAGCACUAGUAACCCUAAUACACAAGAAAGGUUCCAAUCUUCAAUGCACAAACUACUGAGGAAUUUCCCUAUUAAAUAUUACAUACCAAAUACUGACAAAAUUUAAUUGAUAAGAGGCUACAACCGUACACUGAACUACAUUGUGGAUUCAGACUACAAGAUCAAUGACUGAUCAGAUUUUUACGAAGAUAAAAUUCCAGUGCACCAAAACAAAUGUGGAUUAUAAAAUUGCCUAUGAUGGCAUCAUUAGAAAAUAUCUAUAUGAGACUCUGCAGGGGUCUCCAAAAAACCAACUUACAUUAAACAACUAAAAAAAGCAAAAUCAAACUUCAGAAUUUAAAAGAAGUUAUAAGAAGCAUACAUAUUGACACCCGAGGAACAAUCGCAGGAUACUUUCUUUCGUCAACCUGUUUUGGUCAUAUAGUGUUCAUUUGAAGCAAAGAUCCACAUUUUCUGUAAGGUUAUGCAAUAAACUUUAUACUUAUGUAAUUUUCUUCUCUCUAAUAAUAAUUUCAACAGGCUAGUAAAAAUGAUUGUUUAGAAUUAGGUUUAAAAUUUUGAGACUUUUUAAUGUUAGUCAAGCAUAGGCCUUUUGUAAAACAAUGAAUGAAAAAUGGUUACAAUAACCUAAUUUAAUGCUGAAGUUGUGUCAUCAACAUAGAAAUUUAAAAAAAAAGGAAUGAAGUUGACCAACAGAAGUAAACAAAAGUAUGCAUUGAGGCUAUGUUUUCUAUGGACUUUUUAGCUAAAAUUAAAUUAAUCUUACAUUGAAACUUCAAAAAAUUAGCAAAGGAAUAGUGAAAAUUAAUUAAUAAUGUUGAUUUUACAGAUAGUACUUUAAAACAAUAUGUUGUUUUCUUCCAAAAGUAAAUUCUUUUAAAACCCAUCCAAAGUUCUACCUGGGGAGGGUAGAAGGGGAAAGACUCUUCCUUUACCUCACUAAGUUCCAUAAGAUAUAACGAAAGCCAUGAAUUGAAAUCCAGGUUAGAAAAACUAAUGAAAAUGGUGAUUAGAAAAUUACAAGAUGAUUGAAUGCACAUAUCAAAGAUUACAUUGAGAAGAGUGAUAAUUGAGCAGAAAGCCAAAAUUAAAUAUAAUUGAUGUUAAAAUAUAAAGGAUUCAUCUAAUCAGAUGAUAUGUUGCUUCUUUCCAAACUGACCCAGACAGGUGUAUUUGAACAAGCUUUGAUAAAAAAAUUAUUCGCAGAUUGUUAAAAUUUGUCUUUACCAUUCCACUUGCUUCAUAUACCUGCUUUUCUAGUGUUUUUUUUUACAGUUCAGCAUCUUAUUAUAAGUGACAUUAUCAUAUACUUUUAUUUGUUUCAGGCUUAUGGCAUUGUAUGGAAGGCCAUUGAUAGGAGGACAGGAGAGGUGGUUGCAGUUAAGAAGAUUUUUGAUGCCUUCAGAAAUAAAACAGAUGCUCAGGUGAUAAUCAGAGGUUUCAAUGAAAAGUGAUGAUGGGGGGUAUACAUUUUAAAAAUAUAGGACUAUGAAACAAUAAAAAAAAAAAUUAAAAUGGAUAAAAGAAAAGAAUAAAGAUAAGUGAAAAGAAUAGUCAAAUUAUUUUAGUGCAGAAGAAAUUUACCGUUGAUUUCCUACUCUAAAAAUUAUUUUGAACUUACGCUACCACUGCUUUUAAUAGUCAAAACUGGUCAUGUAUGGCUCACUUUAUUUCAUAAGGUUAGGUAUAGGCAAGAAUUUCUUUUUCAAAUCAUAAAAUUUAUUCUGUCUUAACAGCGUACAUUUAGAGAGAUUAUGUUCCUACAAGAAUUUGGGGAUCAUCCUAAUAUUAUCAAAUUACACAAUGUGAUCAAGGCUGAAAAUGACAAAGAUAUUUACUUAGUCUUUGAGUUUAUGGGUGAGUACUUACUUAUGUCUGUGAAGUAUGUGUGCAUUACAUUGUUCAGUUAAUUGACAUCUUCACUAGAGAUUGGAAGUGUUGUGUGUAAUUUUAUGUUUGAAGCAAUAAAAAUAAAGAAAUAUGUAUUGCAGGUGACUUGUGUUUGUUUUUUUUAUUAAUUCUAUAGUUAUCUCAAUGUUUAAAAACCCAUACCAAUUUAUUCAAAAUCUUUUCCCCCAUAAUCAUUCUUUGUUACAAAUGAUUAUUAAUUUUUUUUGAAGGAGUUAGUAGGUUUGCUUUUGAUUCAGUACUGAGAAAAAAGAGAUGAUUUACUUGUUCUGUUACUUCUGUUGUUUAGAAACAGACCUACAUAAUGUCAUUAAACGUGGAAAUAUACUGAAAGAUGUUCACAAGCAAUAUGUAAUGUACCAGUUGUUCAAGUCCACCAAAUACCUACACAGUGGCAAUGUCAUCCAUAGGGAUCUUAAGGCAAGAUUUGACUUUUGAACUUUUGUAAUAUGGUUCAGUUUAAUAUUAUGAAACAUAUAUAUAUAUAAUAUAUAUAUAUAUACUUAAAGUUUUUUACUUUUCACUUAAUGAUUCUUUGAAGUAUGAAUUAUAUUUUUCUACAGCCAUCCAAUAUAUUGUUAGAUAGUGAGUGUGUUGUCAAGUUGUGUGAUUUUGGAUUGGCCAGAUCACUAACACAGAUUUCCAUGGAUGAAGCAGGAGACCCAAAUCUAACAGAAUAUGUUGCCACACGAUGGUACAGAGCACCAGAAAUAUUGCUGGCAUCCCACAGGUUAAAAUUGCACACAUUUUUCAUAUUUUUAUAAAUUUUCAGUACACAUUUCUGUCUAAUAAUCUAUUUUCUGAAAUAUAAAUAUAUAUAUCUUAUGUCUGCUUCAAGUACUAUGUAUAACACAAUAUGGUUUCAAUGGUGUAUAAAAUUCAAACUGCUACAUUAAUCUUCAUGUUCUCAUAAAGUUUAUGCCUGCAGUGUCUAAUAUUUUAAAAAAUAUUUUGGCUUCACAGUAUUUUAAUCCUGAUUUUAUCUUUUAUUAAAAAUUCUUCAUUUUAGAAAGUAAUAUUUUAAUAGUUUUUUUUAUCUAUCAAUUCACACUUUUAAAACAUUACAGGUACACAAAAGGAGUUGACAUGUGGAGCCUUGGAUGCAUUUUAGGUGAAAUGCUUCUGGGAAAGCCACUGUUUCCUGGUUCCUCAACACUUAACCAGAUUGAAAGGAUCAUGGGCUCAAUCCCUACACCCUCUAGAGCUGGUAAGUAGAUAAAUGAAAUUUUCAUUUACCACUGUAAUGGGUAAGGGUUCAAAUCAAUUAUGAUACAUGCAAUAGUUUUUUUUUUAAAUGCAUAGAUUUUAUAGAAAUGUUUUCAUUUUAGGUCUAUAUGAAUUUGAUUGGAAAUUUAAUAAAUACUUUGAUUUUUAAGGAAAGUAAAAAAAAACCUCUAGAGUUUAUAAAUAGAAAUAAAGCAAAGAUAUUCUUCUUGUAGGAUAUAAUGAAUGAGCACAUGAAUCAUUGGAUUUGAAGUCUGUAAAUCACAUUUUUAUUCCCAUGGAAAUUUUUAUGUCGAAGUUUCUUCCUUCUCUUAAUUGUGGUUAAAUUCAUAGUAAUGUAGAUGCCAUAUCUACUUUCUUUUUCACAAAUGUGGCAUCUACAUUGCUAAAUUGCAAUUGCAUAGUGUAGAAUAUUAUUUUUCUAUGAUAAAAAUUAUAAAUGACACAUUAAUCAUACAAAAUUGGAAAAUCACAGUUUGCUUGGGGUCAAUUUUGCCCAGUGUUAGCUUUAUGGGCUUGGUUGGGAUAUGGUAAGCUGCUGUUGGUUGUCCUUGUGUCUUGAAUUCUCUGCCCUGAACCAUAUAAUUACUUGUAUUUCUUAAAAAGUUAUUUGUAUUAAAACCAUCAAUUUAUUAUUAUGAAACUUUUAAAUAAGUGGACUACAAUGUUUUUAAAGCAAUACAAAUUUUAAAUUAUUAAGUAUAUAAAAUUAAUAAUCUUGCAACAGAUAUUGACAGCCUGAAAACCUCAUAUGGAGCAUCAGUUCUGGAAAAGGCGAUAUCUGCUGCUUCCAGGUCAGAUGCAUUUAUAAAUUAAAAGGAAGUCAACUGUAUACCUGUCAAAUUUAAUAAAAUGUGAAAAUAAUUUUUCAUCUUUCAAAAUGUUCCAGACUACUGGUAAUGUGGUAGGCCUGUUAACAAUCUGUUAAAUUUAUGGCAUCUCUGACUUGGAUUUCCACUGUCCAUAUUUAAAUGUAGCAUUAUAUUCCUGUUUUUUAACAACCACUGAGAUUUUUUUCACUUUUAAACUUGUUUUUGACAUUAUGCAUCAAUUCACUUCUAACUGUAUGAAUUUAAUUUGAAAUAUUCUUAAAACUUAUGAGGCAUCAUUCAAAUAACAAUAUAAAUAACACACAAUCACAAGCCAGCAAUUAAAAGAUUGCUAGCUAGAUUUUAAAAAAUAUUUCAAUAACAUUGUUUUUGAAAAAGUUUAAUGCACAACAGAGAUUUUGUGUAUGAUGACAUUGUGUAAAAUUAGAAACAACAUUUGAGGGAAGGGGCAUCGAACCGAGCAUCAUGAUAAAGAUAAGGACAAAUGAGUUUAAAUUUUAAAAAAUGAAUAAAAUCAUUCAAUAAUAGAAAAAAGCAUGCUAUGAACAGACAAAGUUAUAUCCAUAACUGCUGCAUUUAACUUCUCAAUAAUUUUAACAUUCAAUUUUCAGGAGCCGGAAAUCCUUUGAUGACAUGUUGUCUGAUUCCCCUCCAGAUGGUAUUGAUUUAAUGAAGAAACUGCUGCAUUUUAACCCUGACAAAAGAAUCACUGCCGAUGAAGCCCUUAGACAUCCAUUUGUUCAAAGGUAUGCAUAAAAAUGUAGCGCUACAUAUUAAUUUGUAUUUAAAGUCCCUAUAUUUGUUUUCUUCCAGUUGAUGAUUGGUGAGAGAAUUAUAAAACUUAAAUUAAUUUUUUUUUAAAGCCAAAGUUUAUGAAGUACACAAUUACCACUAUUAUUUAAAUAUAGUCUAUUUAUGAUUCCUGUUUUCUUCCAUUAAAUUAAAACUUAUAAGAUUUUUAUUUGUUGUGUUAAUAUUAUCUUAAUAUACCUGAACAUCCUAAAUUUUAUAAUUUUGAAUAAUUUAUUUUCAUGCCUCUGCUUUAUAUUUAAUUCUGAUACAAAAAACUAAUUAUUAGAUAUGUGGUUUAAUUAAGGGGGCAGAAGGACAACUUUUAAAGAGAGUUUAAAUUUCUUCAAAUUAUUUGUCUUGCUUUAAACAAAUUGAUAAACAUUGCUAUUAUUUUUAACAUUUUCAUCCAUUUUGCAUUUGUUUUGAUGGUCCUUGGUUGUUAAGCACUGGUUUGGAAAGUUUUGUAACUUAUUGCAACACACUCAUACAUUUCAAUGAUAUAAUGUUACAUAUUAUGGUAAAUUAUACUGUUUUAAAAAAAAUCUAUUUAUUAUUUUUAAUUAAAACUGACACUAAAUCUUGUUUUGCAUUCAUUGAAAAUCCAGGGAUCAUAAAAAGAACAAAGAUUGCUUGCAUGCAAAAAAUUAUAACUGAUUGAAUUUACUGAUAUUAAUAAUAAUUAUUUGGGUUUUUCAAUUUUUUUUUGGUGGUGUUUAAAUUCUUUUUACUGGAUUUGACUCUAAAUGGUUUGUAUGCAUGCACAGAUGUUAAAAAUACCAUUCAUUAAAAAUCCUGUUAUAUAUUGAACACUUUAAAUUCAAAGACAAUCACAUGAUUUGGUUCCAUUUAAAGAAUUGUGUUUAUUACAAUUCUAUUUAAAAAACAAACUGUUAUUUACUGUGCCUUUAGAAAUGUAAGAAAAUCUUUGAAUGUUUGCAGGUUUCAUAACCCUGCAGGUGAGAUGAGCCUUAAUUUUGAUGUAGUGCCUCCUCUCAGUGAUGAUGUCCAGCUUACAGUUGAUGAAUACAGAAGCAAGUUAUAUGAGGUGUGUGUUUUUCUCUUCACCCAUGAUAAAUCCCAUUUAAAUAACUCUUCAUACUGAUAAAAAUGGACGUUUUUGUAACUAUUGUUGUAAACUUAACUACCAAUGAUUAAAAAUAAUACUAAAAUUAAAUUUUUCUCACAAAUUGAAGACAUCCCACAAAUGUUUAGAUGAUAUAAGUUCCAUGUAUUUAUAAUUAUUAUUAGAAUUUACUAAUCAUUGGGAAAACAAUAACUUCACACUGUUUUAAAAUGAUGGCAAUGCAAACAAAUAAAAAAAAUGAUAAUAGGAAAAAUAGUACCAACAUGGUACAUUGUUAAAGUGGAUCUCAGAAAAUUGGAAUGAAUUUUAUAUAAAACUGAUUUGAGGUGAAGUUUACUCCAGUGUGGAUGUAUGUACACUCUAAUUUGAUUUAGAUUUUUUCCAACUUACAGUAUUAAUAAAAUCGGUGGAUUUUAAAAAAUUAAAAGCUAUGAAUUUCUUUAUUCCUUUGAAAAUGAAAUGUUCAUGCGUUUUACCAUUACUGAUGUGAGACUCAUUCCAAAAUGACAGAUGAUUAUGCAGAAAAAAGCUGAACGAAGGAGGAGAAGACGAGAAGAGGCAAAAAGUGCUGCCUUACAGUCACAACACCAAGAUGUUCCACUGGAAGACUAUGCACAAGACCAAGCUACUGAGCCACCAGCUAAAGAAAAUUUCCAUUCCUCACCAAAACGUCCUUCACCCCAAACUGUUCACAAAUAUGGUCCCAAUGGGGAGCAACUCAUCAGUCAUCAAUCAUCGUUUUCAGGUAAAGAAAAAUAUAGAGUGGAUUGAGGCUUAAUCAAAUCAAUUACUUGUAAAUAUAUAAUAAAACCCUUUUUUAAUGUAUAUAGGUUAGAUUAGUUUAUUUUGUGCUCACUGAUGGGUAUGGGGCUCUCAACAAAUGCAAAUGUCUGCAAGAAUUAUGACUCUCAUGGUAUUAGUCUUAGAGCAUUAACACAAUUCAUGUCUGAAUAUUAUCAUUAAAAAAUAUAAAAAGAGAUAUUUAUGGUCACACCACCAGCCAAUCUGCCCAGUCAGUAUAAUAUAUAUUUUGUUUUCUUUAUUAAUAAGCCAAAUUGUUAGUCUUGAACUAGAGUAAUUUUUUGGGGAAUGACAAACAAAAAUAAUUAUAACUUUAAUUUUAUAUCAGCUCUUCAGCAAAUAUUCUUGACAUCUGUGCUGUGUUCUAUCAGUUUCUAAUUCAGUUUUAAAUUUCUUACUGUUGCUUAAGACAAUGGCCAAAAAAACAAUACUUAUUUCUAUCAUCUACUGCUGUAACAGCUGUCUACAGGUUCAGUUUUCUAUUCUGCACCUGGUCUUAACAAUGCUUUGUUUUGUGUUGAGGGCUUUCUUGGAAGUGACCUUGGCGGUAUUUGAAAGGUGCAGCCAAGUGAUAACCAGUAUUGCGGCUACACAGGUUAUGACACUUAUUGUAACUCCUGAUCAGCAUCUCAGUUAUUCAUUGGGGAUUGUCAGGAGAAGAAUAUUCUAUGGAUCUUUCAAAAACACAUUUGAUCUGAAGAAAAACAUUUAGUUUCCCUUAUGAUGUGCUAGUGGUCUUACAGCCAUCAAUAAAGGGGAAAGACUCAAGACAUUGUUUCUAAAGGUUCUGAUCUAUGUGUUGACACUCAGGUUGGUUCAUUUGGAGAUGGAUGUCAGCAUUUCAAAUUUUAAAAUGCCCCAUUAGCUUUGCUGAUCCUAUGAUUGAUUUCCUUAUUACAAUCAACAGGGACUAUAACUUUGCUCCCUACUGUUACAAUGGGCAGUUGAUGAUAAUGACAGUGUUAUUUCCACUAAUUGACAUUGACUUUGAGGCCUAUUGUACUGGCAGUCUCAUUGUUUUUUCCUGGGUGUCUUGUUAUAUGCCAGACAGCAAUCCUUUGUUUUUUUAAAGUCCUCAAGCAUCGAUGAUAUUCCUUACCUGUCCUUUCUUAGGUUUUAGUAUAAGCCAAAUAUCAGGGAGUAGACUUAACAGGAAAAUAAUGUAAAUUUUGUAAUACAGCUUUACAGAAUUCUCCUCUUUGAAAGUCUCUAAGUUCAAAGUUCUGAUAAUACUGACUAGUUUUUACUUAAAUUAUAAAUGUGGUGCAGUAAUAUUUUAUAUUAUCCGAACUUAUUUAUAGUGAAAAUAACUAAUAAAUAUAUCUGUUAGAUUUAUUAAGUUUGUUUUUAUAUCCUUCAGCAUUUGGUCGUACAACCAACUCAGAUCAUCUCUUACCUGUUCAACACAGACAAAAAUCUUUGGGAAGACAAAAGAGUUAUGAAAAUAUUCAGGCUUCACAAUUAACAAAUGGGGUAAAAAUUAAUUUAAAUGUUAUUUAUUUCACAUAUACUAGGCAUCCCCACUAAAAAUUGAUAAAUCAUUUAAUAAAUAUGUUUUUUACAAAGUUUUACGACAUGCAGUUAAAAUUUAUGCAGAGUGCUUUCACUUGCAUUCCUUUCCCUAUCUAUACCAAAAAUGGUGAAAAUGUGGCCAUAUAUUAGUAUGAUCUAUCAUCUGUAUAUUAUGUGCUAUUUUGCAAAAAAUAGGAAUAUUUUUAUACCCUGUCUCGCCCUGCUGCCCCUGUACAUUUUUCGAAAUUCCUCCAUGUUUAUGUAUAAUUGAAAUUCUCAAAUUUUCUUUGAGCUUUAUUAUAGACAGUUAUGAUUAACUGACAAUUAAAGUAAUUCACUGUAAAUCGUGUUAAAAAAACUAUAUCACAGGCUUUCUCUCCUUUUUGUGAUUGGGGCUGGCUGUUUAGCAUAGCGAGUAUCAAAGUAACUACAUUGUAUCUUUAUUGAGUGAAAAUCUUUGGUUCAGCUAACACAAGUUAUUAUGUCACUCAUUAUGAUACAUGCACAGAACCAAACUUGUAUUGGAGUUAAGCUUUCAGUAGGAUAAAUAGAUAAUUCAGGAACAUUACAGUGAUAUUUUUAUUGCCAUCUUAUGGAUUGUCGGACUAAAUUCCAAAUUUAAGGAUAAUUAUGACGAUUUUUUAAACAUUUUAAUAAUUUUACUGUACAUACACUUCCCUCCCCCAUAUGCACUUGUACACAGACUUUCCUAAUUCAACCAUGCCCUUCCUCCCUCCUGCUAAAUAAUAAAUGUGGCAUGAUCUGUGUCAUUACUAUCAUUUUUCUAAACAGAUUAUCAAGUAUUGACAUUUUAAAUCAAGACAUUGUGGUUGUUUAAGCAACAAGUGCUGGAGGAGGCAUUCCUCUGCUAUAUUUCAGUUUUUUUUUAUUAUGCCAGGAAGAAUCAAAUCUAGUCAUUACCAACAAUAAAAUUUAAAUAAAAAUUAUUUUUUUUUAGCUGAAGCCAAAGUUUUAAGAACUCUAUCAAGAGCUUGGGUUACAGAAGUUUCAUUCUUUUAUCCUGCUUUGUGAAAAUAUGUUGAAACUUUUCCCUUCAUUUUCCAAAUAAUAUUUGACUUCAGCAAUAGUUUAGCUAGACAAUGGGGAAUAGCUGUAUUUUAUAUCUAAAUCUUUUUAUUUCACAGGAAGUCAAUUCUCAAGUUGCACAGAAAGGUAGACAAGCGUCUGCUCCUGCAGCUGUCCGAGGUCAUGGACGAUCAUUGUCUGGAGUCCAUCGAGCUCAAAGCAAUCCAACCAUCACUAGAGAAGAGAGAGGGGCUGGAGGUGGUGGGCUCAUGGUGGCUAGCUCCAGAAUGGUUGGUCUCCCUAUUCAAACUUGGCAUUAUUUCUCAUCACUUUUACUGUUACUUUGUCCUUGAUGAUAUAAAUACUUUUAUUAAAUAGAAAACUCUGAAGGACCCUACUUGUUCAAUAAUGAAAGUGUCUUUAACUACAUUCAUGUUCAGUUCAUAUUAAAAAAAAGAAAAGGAAAAUCAUUUUCCCCAUUAAUUUUCUAAUUCAUUUACUUUUUUAAAACAAUACUCCAAGUGUAUUUCCUUAAGCUUUUAAUUUAGUUUAUAAAUUAAAAAUGAAAAAUCAUUAAAGAAAGUGGUAUAAUGUUUAUGAAAUUAUAAUUGAGCAAGCAAAAGCUUUUUCAAAAGUGUAAUUGCUUCAUGCUCGACAAUAUUUGUCAUUCAACAUAAAUAUUGAAAACAAAAUUAAAUAUGAAGUGAAUUGUUCGAGAAGUUAUCUCACAUGUCCUCCAUUUACCAAGACCGUGACAGAUUUUAUUGCAUAAAUCAAAGCUGACGAAGGGGCUUACGUUGAGAAUGAUUCAAUUUUUAAAAUAAGCCCUACUAAAUAUUUAAUGAUUACUCUUAUUUUUUAAAUGGCUUUCUACUAAAAUUCCAGUAAAUAUUUUAAGUUAAAAAAUUACCAUAUUUAGAUAAAUGUAAGCUAUAAGGAAAUGACAAUCUUAACACAGAGUAUUGAAAUGUUUAACCUAUGGUAUAAUAAACAUAAUAUAUAAAAAUUAAUUAAAAAAAGAAUACUUUUAUUUCAUAGGUUCCUGGUCAGCGACCAAUAUCAGCCAGCAACUCGAAAACAAAACCAGCAUUUGGACGUAAACAGUUCAACAAUGCAGUCAAUAAUCCUAGCACAGGAGCUCCAAAAUCUAUCUUUGGCAGCUAUUCACAAGCAUACGGGACCAUUUCUUCUAGUGGUCUUGCAGCUAUCCAAGGUCGCAAGUCAUGACUAGUAAAGCCGCAGCCAAAUAUACAAGACCAAUUUCAUUACUAUGCAGAUCCCACCCCUCCACUGCAAAGAAAUAUGGAGAUUCCUUUUCAUUAUGCACCAUCCCCACCUCUUAGACCUAAAGAGCUCUCACAGUAUGGUUAUUUUUCUCGAAAACCAAUGGACUACCACCACUAUUAAUUUUAAAUGGUUGCGGCUUAAUUGAGAGAAGACUUUUUAAAAAGAACGGAUCAACUUUUCCAAAAGAUUAUGAAAAUUGUACAGUGCAAUUUGUUACAUUUCUUGCAUAUUUUUUCUAAAUUUUUUUAGUCUCAAUAGAUAAUAGAUUCUUAUCCCCUUACUAAAUUAUGUGCUGAUCAUAAUUUAAAGAACACUUCUUCACUAUGUAUAUAAUAAUAAUAUUAAUAAUUUGGAUUGUUCAGCUCACACUGACAACUAUCUGGAUCUACAUAUUAAACAGUUUCUAAUGAUGGGCUUAGUUUUGAAUUGAAAUAUUUUUAAUUAAUUUAUGUCCAACCUCUCAUUAAGAAUUUUGGCCACUUUCAACUAACAAACAGUACAAAUAAGAGAGUGAUUUAUUUAAUUUUAAUGUAAAAAUACAGAAACCUGAU